UGGUUUUACUGAAAAUUGUUGUCUUUAUUUCACUUUGUAAAUGCAAGCAGAUUUAAGGGCAAAUUACAGAAGCAAGUGGGCUGGAAAGUCCCCAAAAUUGCACCAGAGAGCAGCUAGACUCCUCAAUUUUCCGGGGCCCUGGGGCGGGGCCUGAUUCCCACACCGUGGCUUCGGAAAAGUUAAUCACCUGACGGAGGAUAGAAAACACUGGUGCCCCCCACACACCUUUUUUUAAACUCUCUGACGGGCCCGAAUAAAAGAAAAAUAGGAUUUUAAAGAUAAUCGGAGAACGAAAGGAGGAAGAAAAAGAUGAAAACAGAAGAAACCAGAAUCUCCGACGAAAAAAAAUGCAACGGGGAGGGGUGUAGUGAGCAGUGAAUAAAAUCACUAAAGUGUGAGGCGGCUGGGCGUCUACUGGGCUGCCCACAGCCGUCCACGAACAGCACCCGCGCAGUCAGCGUCUUGUCUUUGUGUGUGUCUGUGCCCCGCCCUCGCGUCCAACUUAAAGUUGAAGACUCACCUGCUGGCCACUUAACCCGGACUCCGGUGUGCAAUAUGGCCAAGCUGCUAACGGAUCAGCACAGUGGAGAGAGGGGCGUGUAUGACUGUAUCGUGGUGGGUGGGGGUGCCAUAGGGUUAGGCACAGCCCUUCACCUGGUCCGACAGGGCUACCGGACUCUUCUACUGGAGCAGUUUUCCUUCCCACAUACCCGGGGCAGCUCAGCGGGGCCGUCACGUAUGUAUCGCAAUGCUUACAUCGAGGAACAUCACGCUAAGAUGGUGCAGGAGAUCUGGCAGAUGUGGGAGGAACUAGAGCAGGAAACAAAGACAACGCUACACAAAAGAACUGGACUGUUGGUGAUCAAUAACGAGAACGUGGCAGCCUUCCACCAGUUACGAGACAACCUGGUGAGGCAUCGGCUGCCAUUCCAAGAUCUGACCACAGAACAGUUGGUCCGUCGAUUUCCUCUGAUGUCAUACAGAGGCCAUUACAACAUCCUCCUAGACACAGAAGCUGGCUUCCUUAUUGCCAACAAGUGCCUUCGUACAAUGCUGGAUCAGUUUGUCAAGAAGGGAGGUACGCUGCAUGACGGUGAGAAGGUUGUCAAGAUUGUACCCCAUCGGAUGGUCACCGUGUGUACAAACAAGGGACAUGAGUACAAGGCCGGAAGUCUCGUCUUGACUCCCGGGCCCUGGGCCCCUAAGCUUCUGAAGCCCCUUGGCUUGGAUCUACCAUUGAAGGUGUGGAGAGUGAACGUCUGUUUCUUCAAGGAAAAGCAGCCUGGCUCUUACCUAAACUACCCAGCGAUGUUUGACGAGACGAAGGACGGAUUCAUAUAUUGUUUCCCAAGCCGUGAUUAUCCAGGUUACAUGAAGUUUGGUUAUCAUCUUCAGUGGGACGAAGUAGACCCAGAUGACCGAGACCGACCAGGACAGGCCGGGGGGAAUAAACUGAUGGUGGACAUUGAGGCGAUGAAAGCGUACGUUCAGGAACACUUCCCGGGUUUAGAGCCAGAGCCGUCCAUCGUUGAGAACUGCAUGUACACAUGCACUCCUGAAGAAGAAAUCCACCCAGUCUACCACAACAUAGCUAUUGGAUGCGGCUUUUCAGGGAAAGGAUUCAAAAUGGCUCUGUUAAUGGGCAAGAUAUUGGGUGACCUUGCCAUGGGCAAGCCUUCAACCUAUGACCUCAGCCCCAUCAGUAUGAAGCGAUUCCUUCACCAGAAAGCCAAGCUCUAACUUCCCCCCAAGACAACAGUAUUUAGUUCUGGAAAUUUGAAAGCUGGGACCCAUCUCCUCUAGUUUAUUGAAGUCACUUCAUUUGAUUUGUCGGAGAUCUCUGGUGUUUGUAAUUUUUGGCGAUAUUUGGUGGUCUUUUUCAAAAAUUAUCAAUAGCAUGCAUUCUUUGAUUGUUCUAAAUAUAAUUGUUUAUUGAGAUAUUUAAGUUUGGUUCUUUUUUUAACAUUUUAACAAGUGUCCACACAACUGAAACUUGUCCCCUUCUCUCCACAAAAGAAUCCCUCCUAAAAGAAGAGCUAACUACUACAGCAUACCUGCUAAGUGCUCAGCGUUAAUCCAAAUUGUUCUGAUUUUGGAGGUUUAAAAGAUUUAAAACUGCGUGUGCAGAUUUUUCAAUUUUCCAAAGAGAAAUAAAAUCUGAAAUGUCUCACAAAUUACCCUGCAACACGUGGGAGCUUUGCAUAUCCCCACUGCCACAACGGUACUUGACAGAGUCUGAACUUAUGCAUACGCACGUAACCAGUAAGGGGCCUCACCCCAAAGCACUUGCAUCACACUUGCAUAGACUUGGUGUUCUGUUUUCUGACUUUAUAAUUUUUAUGCAUUGUGGCUUCCAAAAUCAGCUUUUAAUGCUGAACUUCAACCUUUCUGCCAAAAGUGGGUGGAAAAUACACAAGAAUGAUAACCUAUGUGGGCUGCACAGGCCAGUAUGUGUCAUUGUUAUCUAUUGUCUGGCUCCAAUCAUGGGAACAAGGUCUAAAUUGCAAAGGACAAAGAUUGCCAACCAUUACACAAAUGCUUCACAAUGGUAACUAAUACGAACUCAUGUACUUUAUUACUGUACAGGAAAAGAAAUUGAAAUGUAUGGAUGGGGUAUUUCAUUAGCAAGUAUCACUUUUAUUGGAAUGAAACAAUUUUGUUUGAAUCAGUGACUAACCUCAAGAUAAGGUUUUGACAAGUCUUAGUAUUGCACUGGUGACCACACUAAUUUACCGUGGUGUGAUGUGAUCAUCAUCGAUCAAGAGGAAAACUUCUUGCUGCUUUUUAAAUGAUUAGGAUUUUUUGACAUAAAAAUAUACAUCAAAUUUUAUAUCCUUGAGAAAAAGCAGUAUUCAAGUAGCAGUCCUCAAUCCUUCAUCUGUUGGAGGAUUGAAGACUGUUCCAAGGUUAUACAGCAUGCGGCAAAUUUUCAAGUGAAUGAGUACAAAAUGUUCGUCACACAUUCACCUGCAGGCCUUGCACUAACUUUUUUCUCCUGGCUGGCCCACUGGGCUAGUUCACUGGAUAUUUUACAAGCCCAUUUAGAGUUUUACUAGCCCGUAUGUAAAAAAUUUAAAACCCCGAAUUUGUUAUCAGCUCACCAAUAAAGAAUUUGACAUUUCAGAAAAUAAAAGGCUGAGGGUAUAAAUAAAGAGGCAUGUAUGUCAGUUAAACAUCACUUGAGUCACUGGUAACGGUGUCGGGAACAAAAUCACCUCUUUGCUCCACCGUUUGCCUCAUUUGGGUUGUUUACGUAAGCCAAAAAUUGCCACUUUUUGCUUACUUUGAUAAUUAUAUUGAUAUAUUGAUUUAUUUUAUUGAAUAGAUGUAUUUAUUUUGAUCUAAGUUUUAACAGGUUGGCUUAUUCUGAAUAUUUCACUAGCCCACUGGGCAACCACGGAACCAAGUUUAGGUAGCCCGGAGCAUUUUUAGGUACAAUUUGUACGCUGGGCUAGUACUAUUUCGAGGCCUGACCUGUUUCCUGCAUUUUUGUGAGACAAAUGCAUACACGGGCAAAUGGCAACAAUGCCCUCUCCUCGCUGUAAUUUACACAACCUCUAUUGUGUAAUUGUUUUUGUAUUCCAGACAUGAAGGUUAAGCACAUUAUUAAGCGUUUAUUAUACAUGCAUCAAUAAAACUGCAUCUUAGGUUUGUCUAAAAGAGAAAUUGUAUUUCAAAAUCCAUACAGAAUACAUGCAAGUAUUAAAGAAUAGCUUAUAAACAAACA